UACCUCAUGAGAUGGAGUCGGUAUAAUCCAUACUAUCUAGAUCCUGAACCCAGAAAAGAUGCCCCAGUCUCAGACUCAGAGCUCAGUCCUGAACAGAAAGAGCUGCAGGAGCUUAAAACUGUGCGACCGAUAAAAGCAGCUCUGACCGGCGACACCAGCUCUCCAUUCAGCGACCCUCUGAUCAGCAAGUUCAUCAACAUGAUGAUGUACGACGGCAACAAAAUCCUUGCUAGAGGAAUCAUGACACAGACGCUGGAGACCAUAAAGAGGAAACAGGUGGAGAAAUACCACAAAUCUCCGGCCGCUAAGAGAGAUGAGAUCGAGUGCAACCCGUACGCCAUCUUCCAUCAGGCCAUGGAGAACUCCAAGCCCAUCAUCGGCCUGGCCAGCAUUCAGAAAGGAGGGAAGUUUUACCAGGUGCCCGUUCCUCUCACAGACAACCGGCGGCGCUUUAUGGCCAUGAAGUGGAUAAUCACAGAAUGCAGAGACAACAAGCACCGGCGCACGCUCAUGUACGAGAAACUCUCGCAGGAGCUGCUCGCCGCCUUCGCUAAUGAGGGAAACGUGAUUAAACGCAAACACGAACUUCACAAGAUGGCCGAAGCCAACAGGGCAUACGCACACUACCGCUGGUGGUAGACAAAGCAGAUCUGGACUCAUAUUUCACACACUGAUGUGGUGUGUUAUGGACUGACAGCAUCAGGAGAGAUUGGAUCAUCUGGUUAUCUUGACUCACAAAUGCACAGUAGAUGGCUUUGUAUGGGAGUAAAUAAAGCAAGCAAUGAGGAAAAAACACUUCAUUUACACCAUCAACAGAGUGGUUGACUAUACACAAUUAAAAUAUAUGUAAUAAAGCAAUUUAACAAAAAAAGCAAAUACUGUUAUUUAUUUAAAACCUUUGAAAUGGC